CAUCACACAGCUGAACUGUGGUUUCAUUAAAGCACAUGAGAAAGUGAGGAGUGAUUCUUUCAGUAUCUGAUGCAUGUGGGUUUCCGCUACCGGAGGAGCUGCUGCUUCAUACACAGAUUUAGAUCGUUGUAGCUGCAUGUGCUUUGUUAUUUAUUUAUGGUUGUUAUUGUAGCAGCAUUAGAAAUCAGAGCUGAGUUCUCUCUAGAGCUCCAGCAGCAAAUGUGUUUGCUCGAGUUGUCUGGCUUCCAGUUUGUCUUGUUAGUUUUAUUUGGUGUCGUUUGCUUUUCUGCAAACAGUAGGAUCACCCUACACGUCUUUUAUUGUCUGAGGAGGUUUUUUAACGGUAGAGGUCUGAGUUUGCUGAGUCUGGUUGGGUUCGUUAAACUAGAGAUUAGUGUGUGUGUGUGAGAGAGGGGGAGAGAGAGAGAGAGAGAGAGAGAGAGAGUGUGUGUGUGUGUGUGUGUGUGUGUGCGUGCAGCCAUGAAGGAGGAGAUCGCUGCUGCUGUGUUCUUCGUGGCUCGGCUGGUGAAGAGAUAUGGCUGUCUGGACAAUGACAGCAGGGAGCGAUUUGCUGCCGCCCUCACCUCUGUUCUGUUUGAGAACUACAAGAACCACUGGCACCCAAGCGCCCCCACCAAGGGCCAGGCCUACAGAUGUCUGCGUAUGAACCGUGUUCGGCUGCAGGACCCGGUUCUGCAGCAGGCCUGCGAGCGCAGUGCAGUGCGGUACGAGGAUCUGGGCCUUCCCCAGGAGCUGACGGUGUGGGUCGACCCUGGAGAGGUGUCCUGCAGGUACGGUGAACACAGCACUCCAUUCUGCGUCUCGGUGGUGGGCAGUUGUCAGCGCGGAGACGGGGAAUUUUCCCGCCGCAUCCAUGAUGCUGUGGAGCGAGCGAGCCUUGAUGUCCAAUCAGGAAGCUCUUCGGACGAGGAGGAGGGGGUUGGAGACAGCAGCAGCAGCAGCAGCAGUAGCAGCCUAUCAGCUCUCUGCCCUGCGCCGAUCCCCGCCGCCAACCCUGAACCCAAAACCAUCCCAACUGUCAGCAACCCCAACAGCGUCUACCGGUUCAGUGAGUUCUCUCCCGGCGCCCCUCAGACCUGGCUGCGGGACAAGCGGAAGGCCUUCGCCGGGGAUGCAUUCCCACCGCACGCUCCUCCAGCUGGAGGUCCCACCUCCCAGUUCGCCGGCCAGAAGGGCUUCAAGUCCUACCGAGCCACGUUUACCUUCACCGGGCCUCGUGUUGACAAGUACCACUGGGUCAGCAAAUCCCGGUCCUAGAGCGAGUCGGGUUGCUGCUCGGGCCAGGAGCCGGGAUGCUGGAUCAGAGCUCCGUGUGCAGGGGGGAAAAAGUGUCAGGACACUUAAGUAUGUUUAAAGGAUUUAUUAUUCGUACAUGGUUUAAAGUAAUAAUGAUUUAAAGUCAUGCUGUUUAAGUAUGUUUUUAAACUUUGAAAUAUUCAAGUAUUUUAACUAAACCCUCCCUUCUAAAUGUUUGUUUUUUUGUUUUUUUUGUUUGUUUUUUUUAAACUACAAGUAAGUGUGAAUAAAGUAACAUUGAACUGUCAUUGAAAAGAAAUAAAUGCGUCUGUCAGCUCUGCUGGUUAUUCUAA